GCUGCUGGGACCCGCUCGCUGCCUUAAUUCAGUGAAGCAGCUUUUCCCUAAUGCUUUCCAGCCCGUUAACAAAAUAAAAUCCAGGCUCCUGCUGCUGAUUCGUCUCAAGGGCCCAGUGGGGAAGGAUGUUUUCCUCGGUGAAGCCAUACGAGAACCAGCGCUACGCCUCCCUGAAGAAGGAGUGUCAGAGGCGGAAGCAGCUCUUUGAGGACCCACUUUUCCCUGCCAACGACGACUCACUCUUCUACAAGUCAAGGAUCCAGGGCAUCCAGUGGAAGCGGCCAAAAGAAAUCUGUGAUGAUCCACAUCUCUUUGUGGACGGGAUCAGCUCCCAUGAUUUACACCAGGGCCAAGUGGGGAACUGCUGGUUCGUGGCUGCCUGCUCCUCCCUGGCAUCACGGGAGUCUCUGUGGCAGAAGGUCAUCCCGGAUUGGAAAGAGCAGGAGUGGAAUCCUGAGAAACCCGAGAGCUACAUGGGAAUCUUCCACUUCCAGUUCUGGCGUUUUGGUCAGUGGCUGGACGUGGUGAUAGAUGACCGUCUGCCCACACUCCACAACCAGCUCAUCUACUGCCACUCCAACUCCAGGAACGAGUUCUGGUGUGCUUUGGUGGAAAAAGCUUAUGCCAAGUUGUCAGGUUGUUAUGAGGCCCUGGAUGGAGGCAACACAGCUGAUGCCCUGGUAGACUUUACUGGUGGGGUCUCUGAACCUAUUGACCUGACUGAAGGGGACUACAUUGCGGAUGAAGCCAAGCGAAACCUCCUCUUUGAGCGUGUGUUGAAGGUGCACAACCGGGGAGGCCUCAUCAGCUGCUCCAUCAAAGCCACAUCAGCAGCUGACAUGGAGGCCCGCCUGGCCUGCGGACUGGUGAAGGGCCACGCGUACGCAGUGACGGACGUGCGGAAGGUCCGCCUGGGCCAUGGCCUGCUGUCCUUCUUCAAGUCAGAGAAGCUGGACAUGAUCCGCAUGCGCAACCCGUGGGGCGAGCGGGAGUGGAAUGGCCCAUGGAGUGACACGUCUGAGGAGUGGCAGAAAGUGAGUAAAAGUGAGAGAGAGAAGAUGGGGAUGACAGUGGAAGAUGAUGGAGAGUUCUGGAUGACCUUCGAAGAUUUCUGCAAAUACUUCACAGACAUCAUCAAGUGCCGUCUCAUCAACACAUCCUACCUGAGCAUCCACAAGACCUGGGAGGAGGCAGUGCUACAUGGGGCAUGGACCAGAAACAAUGACCCCUUGAAGAACCGCUGUGGAGGCUGUAUCAACCACAAGGACACCUUUUUGCAGAAUCCCCAAUACGUGUUUGAUGUGAAGAAGGCAGAAGAUGAAGUGCUGAUCUCCAUCCAGCAGAAGCCAAAAAGGACCAGUCGCAAAGAGGGCAAAGGAGAGAACUUGGCCAUAGGCUUUGAUAUCCAUAAGGUGGAGUUGAACAGGAACUACCGGAUGCACACCCUGCAGCAGAAGGUGGCCAGCUCCAUUUACAUCAACUCCCGCAGCGUUUUCCUGAGGACAGACCUGAAGGAAGGCCGCUACGUCAUCAUCCCCACCACCUUUGACCCUGGUCAUGUAGGCGAGUUCCUUCUCAGGAUUUUCACGGAUGUGCCUUCAGAUUGCCGAGAGCUGAUGCUGGAUGAGCCAGCACACACCUGCUGGAGUGGGAUGUGUGGUUACCCACAAGUGGUAUCCCAGAUCCAUGUCCUUGCUGCAGCCGGGCUCAAAAAUCAGGACUCCCAAGGAGGAGCUGACCCUUACGUGAUCAUGAAGUGCGAAGGGCAAAAAGUUCGCUCUCCAGUGAAGAAGAACACAGUGUCUCCAGAAUUUGACGUGAAAGGGCUCUUCUACCGCAAGAAGCCAGGACAACCCAUCAUUGUUCAGAUCUGGAACCACAACUUGAUAAGUGAUGAGUUCUUGGGCCAAGUGGUACUCACGGGGGAUCCCAGUGACCGGCAGUCAGUGCACACACUGCACCUCCAGGACAAGGGGAACAGAAGAUCAAACGAUCUCUCUGGAACCAUUGCCGUGAGGCUGCUCAGCAGUAACAUCCUCACCAAUGUCUAAAUACUCAAAGACUGUUCUUCUGGUGCCACAUAUGUGUAUAUAAACAUGCACACAUACAUAGAUAUAUAUAUAUAUACACACAGAGCCUACUUACCAUCUGCAAAGUGUAUAUGAACUAUGCAUGCAUUCCACUCAAAGGAGCCAAUCUUGUGUUUUCGAUGUUAAAAAAUGGUGCCUUUUUGGGGAACCGCAACGAUCCUUCUGCUGGCAUCCUCUGCAGCCCCCAUUGCCGCCGUGUGUCCCAUGGGAUGGCUGAGAGCACGCUGUGCGUCCUGACAGCCAGAGCACAAUGCCCUGAUGCUGUUUGUUUACACGGGCUGGCACACACGUGCCACCACGCACACAUGUGGCCACCACAGUCCCACCAGCCGCUUCAGUGCAUCUUCAGUGUGUCUGCUUGGUUUUAGAGUAGUGUGCGUGGAGUCGUCUCCCGUGAAACUGCCAGUUAAUCGCUUCUCUGUGGAGGCACCUCAGCAGAGGAGAAGUGGAAAAAUAGAUUGGGGCCUUUUGGAUGUUUUCUGGGUAUGGGUUUGCAUACUGCAACUGGAAGGAGAGCGCACCAAGGCAGUCCUAAAUCCCAAAUCCACAGGGGCAACAAGAUUAAUGGCUCCAUCAUUUUAGGGUUGAGCUGUCUCCUCCCAAGUCUUGUUCAACCCCAUGCAAUUCUGAAUGAUACAAAGGUGCCAGUAACCAAGGUGGGACAACUGUUCUCUGGGGUCACGUUUCUGAAUUAGUCUGGACUCAGCUCCUGCAUGUGCCUCUCAAACUGCCAUGGUGCCUGCUGUCUCCAUGUCUUCAUGCAGUCCCCAUCCCAAGAACUCACACCAGUAGAUGGGGUGGGUUGUCUGCUGGGGCCCUUACAGUGUUUAGAUAAGAGGAGAUCAGUUCCUCUGAAGGCCAAAGCGUCAGGUCCAAGGGAUGAGGAGCUUUGCUCAAUGGGCUCCAUCUUUACUGCUGCAUACAGUGCAUCAUUUCUCAGUGCCUCGCUUUCCCAAAUUCUUUUUAAAAAUAGUGGGAUUUUAGCUUGUGCCAGAGAAGAGGAGCACUGCUCCCAGUGCAGCCUGAAAGUGCUGGGAAUAUUUAAUUCACACCAGUGUCCAUGUUUCACCUUUAAUUUCCAGCCUACUGGCCUGGAGGAUGAGUUGCACAGUGCUAGAGCCAGUCUCACAAGCACAACCCAAAUGCAUCCUUACGGCCAUGCCUAGGGCCACUCUCUGCUCCCAUUUGCCAUGAAAAUUGAGUUUAUCUUCCUUAUUCCACUGGGUGGCAGAAUCUGGCUUCUUAUAAACCAUCCCAGAUAAGUCAAACAACAAACCCUUGUCUGGCCUUUCAGCAGCUGAUCAGGACAGGUUUCAAAGCAAUUUUUCUUCCUGUUGUCUAGGUUUUUUUGUGUUGGUUUCUGGGUUCACGUUUUUGUUUGUUUUUUGUUUUUUGUUUUUUGUUUUUUUUUUUAUUACUAUUAUUCAUGUGCCUUUAAAAAUGGUGCAAAUUCAGGGAUUUUUCUGUCAGAUUUUCUAAAAAGCAAAUCUUUUGCAGUCACCAUGCAAGUGGAAAUGAAUACAUAUGAUGUAAUCUUAGUAAAUUUUGGCCUGAGCAGAGUCCUCUGCCUGCAAGGACAAAUGAACAGGAAAGCCUUCUUUUGCCAUAGCAAGCAGGGUUUCUGCUUGUCCUACUAGAUGUCCAUGUUUGUGCUGCAAAUCUGUUUUUUUUUUUUAAGUCCCUAAAGAUCUGUGAAAUCUGUAAUGUGUUAAGAUGUUCCCCAAACUCACAUUACCUGCCAGCUCAAUUCUUGGUGCAUCCAGAAGCAUACAGUACUACUUCAUCAAUUUUUGCAGGAUGCUUUUCCCCUUUCCUCAUCUUCAGAGUUUACCUCCUGUGGUUACGAAUUAGGUUUUUGACCAAAUUGCUUAUUGUCUUGUUCUCUAUGACUUAAAGGCAAGCAGUGGCUCAUGGGAUACUUUUUCCAGGUCUUAAUUAUUCCUGGCUUGCACCGAGCACCCUCCAACUCCUGGUGACAUCACUGGGACCUAGUUUAGUUCAGUGUCUUGCAGAAUUGACUCAAAUGCUCUUAGUUUGUUAAAGUGAUGUUUUGACCCCAAGGUCAAAGGAAAUCCAGGAAUUUGGGCAGGCCGAUUCAGGGAUAUUUUGAUUUUAUUCGGGUUUACUUCAUGGGUCUCAUCACUGAAAAUAAAUGGAAGCAGCACUGUGGGGCCAGAAGGCGUAAUUUAGGUUUUAGGAGAAGAUCUCACAGGUGCAUGUUCAGAAUGGUAUGUGAGAGGGACUGUAAUGCCCAAAGAUACCUCACCUGGCAGGGAGAAGAGCUGUUUAGCUAAGGGAGAACAUCACAGGAGCUUUGCACCAUCAUCAUCACCAGAUGGGGGUAGCCAGCCUGCCUUCAUUAGCCUUGUUUUCUCAGGAAAUCAGGCUACUGAUAGCUUCAGGAAACGAGAGCCAUUUGGCCAGGAGUGCCCUGAUGUGCCGAACCGCACCAUGAUCCCCAAGGAACAGCGCUGAAGCUUGCCGAGGACUAGCAGGGCCCUGGUACACAUGGGCAGCCUCCUUCCUUCCUACAGAGAUUCAAGCCAUAAAGAGAGGAGAGGCAGCUUUUUAACAGCUUCUCUAAAAAAAAAAAAAAAAAAUCAUCACACUAUAUCAGGACCAAAAUGUCUUAAUGUCAGUAAUAUUUGUCCAUUUUUUUUUUUUUUUUAACUUUUGAAAAGUUAGAGCUGAAGACUUCUUCCCCCUACAGUUCCAAUGGAAUAACAAAACUUACCUUUGUUGGGUUUUUUUUGGUCUGUUGUUUUUUGGGGUCUCAUUUGUAGACCAGUUGAGGGAGGGCAGUUACUGAAACGCCAUUGCUAAUGUCGAUGCCUUUUCUCUUUGAAUGAAGUAAACAGAAAUAUUCAGGGUUUUUUGUCUGAGGGGAGGGCAGGUCUGAUAAGCACUUUGCAGUCCCUCCCAGGUGCUGUAGGACAUGUCUCUGAUUUAUUUUCCAUUUCUUUUGUUAAUCAUUUCAAUGGUUGCAAGUAACCUGCCAUUAGACUCUGUGAAAUCCGUUUCUUUUUCGUGUCUUCACGUUAAAACAGGCUAGGACUUGUCCUCAUCUCCAAAGGCACUGACGUGUCAAGCUGCACAAGAUUGGAGAGUGGUCCAAACAGAAAGCCAAUAUUGUACAGCUGUAAACCUCCUAUAAAUAAAUUGUGUAUAUUUUAUUCAGA